AAUGGCUGCAAAAUCAGUAAAAGUUGCUGAAAUAUCAAAAACUACUUCCACAACAACAAAUAAAGAACAACAAAAACAAAAAUCAACAGAAACAACAAAACAGCGUAGCAGUAAUACACAACAGAAAAAACAGCAACAACAAAUUCGUUCAAAACAGCCAAUUGCUGGAAGUAGUGAAAGUAGUUGUGAAAGUUUUUCUGAUAAUAUUAAAAAUAAUUUUGAUGAAAAGGAAGGCAUUGGAUUUAAAUUAAAUUGGAUGAAUUUACGAGAUGCUGAGAGCGGUAAAAUAUUAUGGCAAAGCACCGAGGAUUUAGCUAAUCCGAAUUUCGAACAUAAAGCCAAAAUUCCUAAAAAUAUUUUAAAAUGUAAAUCUGUUUCCCGCGAAAUUAAUUUUACGUCGGAAAGAAAAAUCGAAAAAUUUCGAUUGGAACAACGUGUAUUCCUUAAUAAUCGAGCGAUUGAAGAAUGGUAUUUUGAUUUUGGAUUUGUUAUUCCACAAUCAACUAAUACUUGGCAGACAUUAAUAGAAGCAGCCCCCGAAGGACAAAUGUUACCUGCUUCCUUACUAAGUGGCAAUAUUGUAAUCGAAACAAGCUUUUUUGACGAUGACUUUUUGGUUUCCACAUCUCGUGUUCGUCUUUAUUAUGAAUAAAUAUGAC